AGAUCCAAUUGAUCAAAAUCGGAUCUCCCCAUAAAAAAAAAAGAAAAGAAAAGUCCCCAAAAGCCAAUGGCGGGAACAAAACCCUAGAUUAACAAAUCAAAAGCCCUCCAAAUUUCCUUCAAUCCAUCAACAACAAUGGCGACAUCAACACCAAUUGCGGCAGGGGAGAAAGUGGUGGCAGAUGCUGAAGAGCUCCCAAAGGCAAUUGUUAAGAGAAUCGUUAAAGAUAAACUUUCACAAUUAUCACAAGACGGCGCUGAUAUUCAAGUUCUGAAAGAUCCCCUCUCCGCUUUUUCCGAAAGCGCCCGGAUCUUUAUUCAUUACCUUUCGGCUACGGCGAAUGAUAUAUGCAAGGAAUCUAAGAGACAAACGAUUAGUGCUGAAGAUGUGUUCAAGGCGCUUGAAGAGAUAGAGUUUCCAGAAUUUGUUGGUUCCUUAAGAACUUCUCUUGCAGAGUUCAAGAGAAAGAACACUAAAAGAAAAUCCGACUCUACUAAAUCAAAGGAGGCUAAAAAGGGAAAAACAAAAGAGGCUGGAACCGAGAAUGGAGAAGCACAGGAUAAUGUUGAUGAAGAUGGAACAGAAGAUCCUGAAAUGGAAAACGGAGAAGCACAUGAAAAUGGUGAUGAAGAUGAAACGGAAGAGCCUGAAAUGGAGAAUGGAGAAGCAGAGGAAGAUGGUGAAGAAGAUUGAAAAGAAGUUUCCGAUAGUUGGUGAAUUUUUAUGCUCCCUGUUUCCCAUGUGGUUUCUUUUUAUUCGCGACUUGCAGGGGAAGCUCUAUGUCAACUUUUCCCUUGUAGUUCUUUUAAGUAACUUAGGUUAUGUUUAAGAGCGUUUUCAUUGAAAUGUUGACCAAAUUUUACAUUUGGAUCAUUAUGGCUCUUCAAAAACUAGAAAAUACUGCAAGUUCUGAUAUGAAAUUAUGAAGAAGUGUGACUAUAUUUUAA